UAUCAAUACAAAUAACAGUGGUCGACUAUCUUUAACACAUAAGCGAUCAAUCCGUAGUCGGGAGUACAUAUUUACGUGUUUUGUUUUGAUUUAUAUAAAUUUGAGUACACAAGAUGACAGUUCGUUGGGGCAUCGUGUGCGCUGGGAAGAUCUGCCACGACUUCGUGAAUGCAGUAAACAGCUAUCCUAAUAAAGGUGAUCAGGUGAUAGCCGCCAUCGCAGCCAGGAACAAGGAGCGAGCCACUGAAUUCGCGAAACUACACAAAAUUCCUAAAGUAUACGAUUCUUAUGAAGCAUUGGCUGCCAGUGCAGACAUUGAUAUUGCGUAUAUCGGAGCCCUAAACCCAGACCACUAUGCUCUAAGUAAACUAUUUCUAGAGCAUGGCAAACAUGUUCUAUGCGAAAAGCCCUUAUGCCUAAACUUCAAACAAGCACAGAGUAUAAUAAAACUAGCUGAGAAAAAGAAGCUGUUCUUUAUGGAGGGAGUUUGGUCACGUUUCGCACCUUCAUAUGUUGCACUGGAGAAAGAUAUCAAGGAUGGAAAAUUAGGGGAAGUCAAGUUUGUCGAAGUCAACCUAGGAGUUCCAAUGGCAAAUGUUGACAGGAUCAGUAAAAAGGAGUUGGGCGGCAGUGUGGUCCUAGAUAUCGGGGUGUACGUAUUACAACUGUCCCAAUUCGUGUUCAAAGACGAGCCAGUAAGGGUAUCUGUGAUCGGGGAACCCCUCAACGAAUCAGGCGUGGACCUGAUGGAGACUAUUGUUUUGGACUAUAAAGAUGGCAGAAGGGCUGUGCUGAAUAUCAAUGCUCACAUAAAGAUGUGGAACAAAGCCACGAUCUACGGAACUAAAGGAAGAUACACGCUAGAAGAAAACUUCAAUUUUUCCACGGCGUUGACCAGAGAAGGAGGCAAGACUGAAUAUUUCCCAUUGCAUGAAUCACCACUGCCAUAUAACUUCGACAACAGCGCUGGUUUAGUUUACGAGACAUUGGAAGUCGUCAGAUGUAUUAAGAACGGUCUUAUAGAAUCACCAAGAAUGAGCCACAAAGAGAGUUUGACCCUGGCCAAACUUGAAGAUGAGGUUCGAAGGCAAAUUGGAGUUCAUUUCGACGCCGAUGACCAGGAUUAUCCAUAAAAAAAUUCUUGUAACAAUAAUUAUAAGUACACAAAGCUGCUUAAUUAAAAAUAUUAAAUUAAAAUGCUUUAAUAUCUAAUAAAAAUAUUAAAGCAUUUUAACAACUUUA